UUGUUGUGUUCUCCAAAAACUCGUUUUCCUCUCUCUUGAUCUCUUGGGUCAAUAACUACAAAGAUGGAAGAUGAAAAAACUGAAAUCAGAGUCAUGGUACUAUGUUUUUUAUUCUGCUUGAUUUUUAUCGGUAUCAUAGGACGGGCGUCUUACGUAUGUAAUUGUGUUCAUACUGAUCAUGAUGUGCCGGAUAUUACAGUACCCUUAAUGAAUAUUGCGGUGUUAAAUUCAACUAAAACUCGUUUUAGUGCAAAAUGGAACUUAUCAAUUAGAGUCCCCAACACUCUUCCUGGUCCCUUUAUAUGUCUCCAAGGAGACUUUCAAGCUUCUUUACUUUACAAAAAUAUUACCAUUGCUACUUCACCCGCAAAAAGUUACAACAAUCUCCAACCCUACUGGGCUCAACUGCUUAAGGUUUCAGGAGUUGUCUCUGAGGAAGAUACCAAUGGUGCAAUUGCAAAAAAUAUCAUGGGUGAUAUUAAGGAGACAAAUGAAGUGUGGUUCGGAUCGCGGUUGUUUUUCCCGGAUUGCAGAGAAAUGACAACAGGGAUGAUGAGCUAUACUUGCGAUGAAGCCAAGUUUCAUAUUGAUUCCAACUCUCAGAUUACAGCUACUGCGUUUGGAAACCCUAUAUGUCACUAUGAUUAUGAUCAUUAGUUUAUUUUUUAGCCUAAUUAUUUCUCAUGAAGAUUGAACCAUCUUUAAAUUCAUAUUUGUUGGACUUAUUUUGAAUAUUAUUUCAUAGCCAAAUAUAUAUAAAACAUCUCGGAAAUUCUAC